UGGAAUCAUUCUUUUGGUGGUUUAGACUGUACCAAAUUGCUGGUUCCAGUCUUCACUCAGACAAUCUCGGUUCUCAGCUCAGUCUGUACUGGAAAUGGGCACAGAAACACUUCCUUGGAAGUCUUGUCCAAAGCAACAGUGAACAGAAACAGAUGAAAGCAGCAAUCGGUACUUUACAGUCAAUUCUGAGCAAAGACAACAAGAAAUGGAAGACAUUUGUAAAGUUCAGAAGGUCACUGGGUCAUCCAAGGCCAUUCAAAGGUCAAGGUCAGGCAACAAUGCAUGCAGAAGCGGGGGAGUUGUUUCGUGUCCUUGAACUUGCCUCCAAGCCUUCUGACCUUCAAAAUGACCUGAAAAUUCAGGUGAACAUCCACUACAGGGAGUUCCUGAUUGAUGCCGCAGAGAAGUUGCUCAGUUUGGAGGUUGUUAAUGACGAGGGUCAAGUCGCAAUGGAUGAGAUACAAGCCUCACUAAGAAAUCUGCUCAUUAAACACAAGUUGUUGUCCAAAUAUGGAAACAAUGUUGCGAUGGAAACUGAUGAUCACAUGACCAGUGAAGUUGACCGAUCAGAUUGUACUAAGUAUGGAGCUGAAAAUCCUCUAGCGUUUAAUCAACUCUGGCCCAUAUUUGAGCAUAUCACUUCGACAGAAGGUUUCCAAUUGUUUGAGAAGUUUGUCCUUGGAAACUUGGAUGGUUGGCAUGGGGACAGUUACCAUGGUUACGUUCGCUUGUUCACCCCAUGGAAGCCUGGCGCUGUGGUGACGUUCAAGUCUGUCAGCCAGUCAUUAUUAAAGGACCUGGUGCCUAACAUUCAAACCACAUUGCUGGAGGGUCUGAGGAAGGGGCACUGUGUCAGAAACUCCACCCUCUGGGCCCAGUGGUCGGGCAAACUGGCAGAAGACAAUGAAGAAGUACCUGAAACCAAACAGUUCACACUGCACCAGCCAGUGCUCUCCCUUGUCCUGUGCAUGCUGCUGUCAAGGUCAGACACGGAGGUCUCCAUGACGAUCCCCCCCAAUGUGAAGAUCAGCGCCCCACUGAAGAGUUACACAAGGGAGCUUACUCAGCUGUGGUUCAUGAGUCAGCACAUAUGGGCGCAUGUUGGCCGCAUCAGUGGAAGCGAUCUUUUGUCAAUGGAAAGAAGGAGCCUUCUUGCAGUGUUCAUCCAAUCAUUGAAAGCCCUGAAACCCGUCAUGUCCAAAGACUGCCCAGAUGACCUCUAUUCUGACCUCUUGGACUCUGUGGCAACGGGUGAUGACCUCACCCCUGACCUACUGAAAAAGCUUGACUACACCUUGCACGCUUACUGCACACUGGAACACAUUCAGAAAGACACCAGCGAUUUACUGGAUGCCGCUAUUGAUAGCAUUGCGAAAGUGAUUGGAGCUAACUCAGAUGACAUUGGAGACGCGGUGUGUUCUGAGGGUGGCUUUGGUAAUUUGGGGUGUCUUGGGUGUGCCUGGGUGGACACUGGGCUGUUCAACAUGAACCUUCUGGCCCCUCAGGGCCCUGUUGACCCAGUUGAAAAAGUCUUAAUCAAACUGAACAUUGCCCAGAACGAGUUGACAGAACAGGAGGCUGAGCUAGCCGUAUUGUGCUCACAUCACAGACUGGUCACUGGGCAGGAUCUUCUGCAGCAAGCAGACAGACUUGUUCACCCGCGAGUCACUUAUCUCAAGACACGAUCAGUGGAACUUCGGAAACAAAUUGCAGAACUUGAAAAGCAGAUAGCUUUCCGACCAGCACCAUCGCAGUACGACAUGCUAGUAAUGGACGUCAGGAACUUCCUGGCUAGUGUGGGAUCCACGGAAAACGUUCACGGUCUCGUGACAAAACUUCGGGCCUGCAUUGGCACCAGAUCCAGGGAUGCUUGCAGCGUGUCAAGGCAGUAUGAUUUGUGGGAACAGUCGGUGGAUAAGUUUGUGCAGUCAUUGAGUGUGGUGUAUCCUGUCUAUAGGGAUAUAACUCAGCCCUUGAUAGCUGCUGUGCAACAGGUGGUGCAUGGAAUGGGCCUUCUUAGCCAAGAGGUUAAGAGAAGCAAGGAGGUUGCCAAGGUAACAGGGUCAUUUGGACAUGAGGCUGGGGAAAUCUCUCAAAAGCUGGAGAAGAUAGUGAUACUAGCAGGAAAGUUUCCAACCCUGUCCACUAUAAACCCAUCCUGCCUUCACCUAGCAACCAACUUAACCUCUCUUGAUAACCUUGACCUUGUGAGAGAUGUGGUCCAAAGGUCACAGCCAGAGAACACAUCUGCAGAUGAAGUGCUUGUAACACUGACUGACAGCAUUCUAUCAGGGGGACUGUACUGUGUUGUGCUGGAAGCCCAGGCAAGGGGUGCGCUGACCCCUGACCUGUUGAUGACCUUGACCCACAUCCUGGACAUGUACGUGUCGUCAUGGAAACACGAGGAGGCAGCGAGGAAAGUUAAGGAGGCAGAGGAGGCCAGUCUGUACAGGUACAAGACGGAGACACACGGCGAUGAGAGGAGUGAGGAAGAACAACUGGAGGCAGACUUCCUGCAAAAUUUCCCAUCGUUUAAUGAGGACUUCAUCGACUUGGUAGAGGCAACGUCCAUGGAAGAUUCACACGCUCGUAAGGAAACUGACCAAUCAAAGACCAGCAGCACUGAGGCCUCUUCACUCCAUCUUACAAGCUCCCAGAUGACUCUGAUCUCGGGGGUGCAUGAGAAGCUUUACAAGGGCCUGGUGAGCACAGACUGGUACAGGCCUGUUGUCAUGGCGACUGUCCAGUUGUCCGACUGGUUACGACCACUUCUGUCCACAUACACUGCAGCAACAAUAUUGACUACGCGAUUGGUGGAUAUCAUGAGUAACCAAGUGGAUGGUCAUCUGCAAGGUGGUCAUCUGGUUGUGGCCGCUGUCCAGCAAUGCUAUGUCCUGCAGGCUUCACAACAGUUGUCGAGCCCUCUGGUACCCAGCCCCGGUGUGUACGACAUGUACCACGACCCCAAUGUGCCUGAGGUCAUCCAGCUAGUGGAAGUGCUGCGGACUGUGAGGGCUAGAGUCAUGGAACUGCAGGGGGAGUGGCCAGAUCAUCCCACGCUGAAAAAGCUGCAUGAAAUCAUGGACCGUAUAGAAGAGCAACCAAUCACUGACCCUGUGAUGAAGUUCUUGACUGGAAUAGAACUGCUGCUGAAGACAGCACAGGAUUGGGAAAGCAAUGCUUCACAACAUGUCUCCAUGGCAACCCAGUUAGCUGAAAUCUCACGUCUUAUUAUGCAGUGGAGAAAAUUGGAACUGAGCUGUUGGAUGAACGCUAUGGACACUGAGGUGUACAAGUUCCGGACGGAGGCCAGCAAGUGGUGGUUCCAUCUAUACCAGCUCUCACAGGACACACUCACACAACAGGGAGAGAAUUGUCCAUCACUUGACGAGUUUACAAAAGCCCUAAAGCAGUUCAUAGAAAAAUCCUCCCUGGGAGACUUCCACACAAGGCUAGAAAUGCUUCUCAGCUUUCACUGUAACAUGGUUGCCAUGGCAACAAGAGAGGCAAAAGGUCAAGUGGAAUCCAUGGAAACGGAUGCAAUUAAGAAAGCUGAAAUAGGAAACGAGGGUGGAAAUAUUGAUCUCAAUCUGGCAGCUGACAAUAAAACUGAAAGUAUGGUAGAUAAAGAUGAUGAGGUGGCCAUGGCAACCAGAAAGAGGCUGGCGACAAUGCAGCAGGUGCUGUGGAAUUUGUACAAGUUUUAUGGACGAUUCUCUUCCACUGUACAAGCAGAGCUAGACCGGUUAAGGCAACCAAUUGAGAAAGAACUGAAGGGGUUCGUGAAGAUCGCCCGGUGGUCAGAUAUCAAUUUCUGGGCCCUGAAGCAGACUGCAGAGAAAACCCAUAGAACUCUGCACAAGCACAUCAAACAGUUCCAGGGAGUACUCAAGCUUCCUGUGCAAGGCAUUCUGGGAGAUGUGGAGAGUGGCGCCACCACGCUACCAGCAGUGUCAGGGGCAGAGUACUCUAGCUGGACAGAGGGCUUGUUGUCUUACCAGUCGGUCCUGCUGCAGAAACUUAGGGCCUUUAAGGCGCCAGAUGUCACAGUGAUGAACCCAACAUUGGCAACAGCAGCAGAGCAGUUACCACUACAGUUUAAACUAGGUCAGCUGUGCAGCAGACUCAACAAGCACUGGAUCACCGUGGUAAUGAGGUCACGGUACUGUGAGAGGAUAGCAGUGGUUGACCAGUUUACUGGAGAGCUCAUUGAGGAAAUUCAUGCCCUUCAAGCUUUGGAGAUCAACAGGAGUGUUGAGAAGGACAAACAGAAGUCGGAGGCGAAGCACAUCAACCUGAGGAAACGCAAGGCACUCAGUGACCUUUUUAAAUACCUCGCAAAGCUAGGUUUGUCGUAUCGUAAAGGGCUGACAUCUUGUGACAAGAAUGAAGAUGGCGCGUUACAAGCGACCCCAGUGGAUCUUGAUGUGUCACUCAGUGGAGAUGCUGCAGUCCACCAGGCGUGGGACAGCUGUGAAGACUAUUUCUACCGCUGCGUCUCUCGACGCGCUCAGUUGUGGUCGGCACUCAUGACUCCGUCCCGGGAGCUCGGUACAGGCAACAUUGAACGUUGCAAGGGUUUUGCUGAACAUCUGUACGCCCUGUUGAUAGAGCAGCAGACAAGUGUAGCAUGCUUGACGCAGCAGUAUACUGGCAUUAGUAACAGCCACCUCACUGGGUGUGAUAUCACACAGGUCCUGUGGAUAGCCAGUCACACUACAGUGACUCACCACCUGGUACUGCUGGUCAAGAAGCUUGACUUUCUUGUUCCUGGUGUCUGCAACCAGGAUCUAAAUACACAUGCGUUACAUUAUCCAGUCGAUACCAGUCAUCUGACAGAGUGUGAAGAGUGUGACGGGGCCAGCUGUGAUCAGAUUCAUAGCUUGGUGGUCACGUGUAAGACGACAACGCCGGGUACAUCUGCUUCAACGCAGACUACAACUCUGCGUACACCUGCUACCACGCAGAAGACAAGGCUUGGUACACCUGCUAUCACGCAGACGACAACGUUGGGUACACCUGCUACCAAGCAGACGACAACGAUUGGUACACCUUCUACCAAGCAGACAAUGAUGGGUAAACUUUCAAACAGUUCAGCUCCAAACAUGCAGACCACAGCGCUGGAUACAGCUUUAAGCAAUUCAACUCCAAACACGCAAACCACAGAGCUGCUUGCACCUCCAACCAAGCACAUUGUGAUACCCACGCAUCUCAACAUGCAUCCAGCAUCUACACAAGGCAUUUCAUCAAUUACUCACAGUACGCAGCCUGGUGUUGAUACGACGGUAAUGCCUUCGUCGUCAUCCACGACAAGGAGGAUCACGACACCUCUCGGCCCAGGACACUACACCCUGCUUCAAGUAGCAACCCAGUGCGCAGUGGGCAUGGAACCGACAUAUCCUAGCAGCGCCAACGGCAACCACGAGCUCCGGCGAUCCGGCGAGAAAUGCAUCGAGCGACCAGACAAGCCUCUCCUCUGCAGAGAUAACUCGUCGUCCGACUCCAAGCACUUGUCCGGCUCCGAGAGCGAAGAUCAUAAGCCGAACGUGUUGUCCGAGAAGUCACGUGGCGAUAGUCCGACGGUCAGCUCUACGGUGACCACUUCUCACCAAGAUUCCCGCGGGUCACCGCCUGCGCAGCGUAAGCCGUACCACCACCUGAGCGUCGGAGCCGCGCCCGUCUGCUUCGACUUCCGGUACACCAUGUGCGCGGAUGUCAACAUGAACAUGUACCCGCAUGCACAGAGAGCACCGGUGGAGCAGACGUACGAGGCGGCUGCCAAGUUGCUUUUCAUGUGCAUGCAAUGGACACACAACCAGGCCAAUCGUAAAACUCAAUCCAAAAGCUGUCAAACCUUACUGAGCCAGUUCCAACAGGGUCUUAGUCAGUUCCAGGCGCUACUGCACUGUUGUCCCCGGCGACCAUUGUCAACCACGCCCCACCCGUCUCCACUGCCUGUCCAUGCCCUCCACCAGAUGGCGCUGGUGCGACAGGGUACUGAGGGUCUCGCAGACAUUCUGGAUAAUGUGCAGACCUUGAUUAUUGAGGUUCACCAGGCAAAGCAUUAUGUGCCAAACAAUUCAAGGACGACAGUGUUUGUAAAUUCUGACGUUAACAACAUUCAUGCAGUAUUCACCAAGCUGGCAUCCAUGAAAUCCCGUCUGCUUGAAAUCAUCAAGCUCUUCACGGAUCCUGGAUCUGAGUCACCAAACGCUUUCACAGAAGUUUUGCACCUCCUGGUUGAAGAAGCAAGCGUCAAGUUGAGCGAGUUCAAUACCUGGCAGGAAAGAAUGGGAUCAAGAAAUGAUGAUGGUGAACCAUCGAAAGAAACAUUGGGCUGGUUUUCAUCGAGGCUUGAAGAAAUAAUUGCUUCUGUUUUAUUGGUUGUUCAAAAACAGAGCAAAUCUACUGUUUCUAUGGAAACUGGAUCUGAUGAUGUGGCAAAAGAAGAAAAUGAAGAAGACACUGACAUAGAGGAGGGACAUCUAGUGAAGCUGGUACAUGAACAGCUUAAGCAGGCCACAAACUGUCUACAAGCGGAACAGAUUCACCAUUCACUCCUGAACCUUCUGAAGAGAAUCCUAUCAGAGCCCAGUUCUGCCUUAACAUCGGCCAUGUUGGACUCGCUACGACGCGCCAUGCCUCUCUUGACUCAGUAUCAGGGCAUCAUGCACCACCAUCUUGUUGGUAACGUAGCAACCCAGAGGACCAUGGGAAAGCUGUUGUCAGUCCUGCUGGGAGUGUUUACAGACCUUGCAACAAAGGGUUUCUGUAUCCCCCCUGAGCUGUCAGAUGAGAUGGCGGGCGAGGGAGCCACAGAGUUCUGUGACAUGGAAGAAGCUGGUCUUGGGGAGGGAGAGGGAGUGAAGAACGUCAGUGACCAGAUAGAGAAUGAGGAUCAGCUUGAUGAAGCCAAGAGACCUGAAGACCACAAAAAGGAGGACCCGUCCAACCAACCAGACGUCAAGUCUGAAGAGAACGCUAUCGAGAUGACAGAUGAUAUUGAUGCCAAGGUGCAAGAUCUGGAAGACGUGGACAAACAGGACGAUGAUGACGAGGAUAAUGAAGGUGAUGAGGAGGAGAUAGACAAGCAGUUGGGGGACCUGGGUGAUGAGGAUGCAGAGAAGCUUGAUGAACAGAUGUGGGGCAGUGACCAGGAGGAGGAGGAAGAGCACUCUGAGGAAAAGAAGGAGGAGACUGGUCCUGGUGAUGGAAAACAGAGCGAGUCAGAACUUGUUGCCAAGGACGACAAUGUUGACAAGUCUGCAGCAGACAACACUGAUGACAGACAGCAGACGGAUGAGCAGGAGGAGGAGGAAGAAGAGAAGGAACGAAAGCCACACAACCUUGAUAUGGAUCAGGUGGACUACGACGAUGACCAAGUUGAUCCGUAUCACGGGAAGCAGGAGGAGCAGCAAGCACCUGAUGAUCUGGAUCUGCCUGAUGACCUUAACCUUGACGAUGCUGAGGACCAGGAAGGGAAGGACGAGGAGUCUGCUGUGGAUGAUGGCACUGGUAAAGAUGAGGAAGAGACACAGCCCCCACCAGCUGAGGGGCUGGAAGACAAUGUAGAGCAAGAGAAGAGGGAGGAGACACCUGGUGAUCUGGAACAGAAACAGGAUGAAGACAGACCAGAGGGUGAGGAGGCUGACAACCCAACAGAUGAACAGACAGACACAGACCCCAACAGAAACGAAGAGGAGGGCAAAGAGGAGCCAGGAUUUACACCUCAGGAUAAGCCAACCAUAACAGAUGAAAACCAAGAUGCAGAUGAGCAGGAGGAAGCAGACGACACUAGCCAGGCUGUGGAGCAUUAUGGGAAGACGUCACAUGACUCCAGUGACAAUGUGGAACAGAGUGAGACAGCUCAGGAUAAUGCGGGUGAAAAAUCAGAUAUGGACAAUCAGGAGACAACUGGUCAAGGUCAGGCCAGUACUGACACCUCUGAAGGUCACCAAGGUCAUAUGUCACAAAGGUCACAAGACACUGGGUCAGAAGGCAAGAGGAAAAAGACUGAACGGCAACCUGGAAAAGCUGACAGCAACAGGUCGCUGGGAACCGAUGAGCAGAAGUACAAGAGGCUAAAAACCACUGAUUCUACACAAACAGAUGAUAAAAAACAUGAUCAAGAACAGGACACAAACGCGGACCAGGGAGCAGACAUGUUUGAGCAUGUGAAGGACUCAGAUUCCCACCACGAUGCCCAGACCCUUGACACAGCCACUGCAGAACAGCAGCGGGAACAGGGGCAGAUAACUCAGGAACAGGAGGAGGCCGAGUCAGACGUAGAUGAAGAUUUAGAGAUGCAGAAAGAGGAAUCAGAAGACAUUGAUGAAAAACUUGACACCAUUUCGUCCACAAAAUUGAAAAGCAAACAGAAACAUGAUGAAGGCAAUACUGAUGCUUCUGAAGACGAGGGUGAUAUGGAAAUUCAGAAUGAUCAUCGCCAUGAGAUACCGGGUGAGGUCGUUUCCACGUCAACUGUUGCUAGGGGCAUGGAGUCCACCAUUCACACUGCUAUGGAGUUCCUUAGCUUUGAUACGGAUACGUAUGACCUGGAGAGUCUGAGAUUACAGCUGGAGACAGAGCUUGGGUCCUGGAGUCAGUCCAACCUGCCUGUCAACACUGACUUGGAGACGGCAGCCAGUGAGUUGUGGCACCGGUACGAGGCGCUGACGGCCUCCCUGGCCCAGGACCUGUGUGAGCAGCUACGGCUGGUGCUGGAACCCUCACAGGCCACCAAACUCAAAGGUGACUACCGCACGGGCAAGAGGUUGAACAUGCGUAAGGUGAUACCGUACAUCGCCAGUCAGUUCCGUAAAGACAAGAUCUGGCUGCGGAGGACCAAGCCCAGCAAACGUCAGUACCAGAUCAUGUUGGCUGUGGACGACUCUUCCAGCAUGGUCGACAACCACUCUAAACAGAUGGCCUUUGAGUCUCUAUCUCUGGUCUCCAAUGCCUUGACCUUGCUAGAAGCAGGACAGCUGUCCAUUUGCAGUUUUGGGGAGGAGGUGCGUGUUCUCCACCCUUUCUCAGAGCAGUUUACCAGCCAAUCAGGGGCUCAUCUUCUGCAGUACCUUACCUUUGAGCAGAAGAAGACAAAAAUAGCACAGUUUUUAAAGCACGCCACGAGGGAAAUGCUGGAUGCCAGACAGAAGCAGCAAGGAUCUAUGGGUAAUCCUGACACGUCCCAGCUGCUGCUGAUAGUUUCCGACGGGCGGGGACUCUUCAUGGAAGGCAUGGAGGUUGUAAAGACGGCUGUCAGAAAUGCGAGAGAGGCCAACAUAUUCAUUGUGUUUGUCAUCAUAGAUAACCCUGUUAACAAGGAUUCCAUUCUGGACAUCAAGGUUCCUGUCUUCAAGGAGGCAGGCCAGAUUCCAGAGAUCAAGUCCUACAUGGAUUCCUUCCCCUUCCCGUUCUACAUCAUACUGCGGGACAUCAACAGUCUUCCAUUGGUGCUCAGCGAUGCACUAAGACAGUGGUUCGAACUCGUGACUGCUGUCGAUAGAUAAACAUGUGAACUAAUGUGUCUGUAAAGGCAGUUUGUUUCCUUUAAAGUUGAUAAAAAGUUUUUGAUCAGCUUAAUAAUUAUGUUCAUUAAUAGAACAAAGGCAUUAGUCUUCAAUGACUUCUGUCAAGAUAUUAAUGUUAGGCUGUUGUUAUUGUUUAAGGGUUUAUAGAUAAUGGGACUGUAAAUGUUAGAACAUAUAUUGUUUUGGGGGUUUUAGUCCUAGGCCUUCCAUUGUGAGAACCUUAAUUGAUACACUACUUUUAUGCUUGUGCUUUUUCCAGUUAGUUAACCAUUGUGGCAGGGGUUUUUAUGGUGUAGUUAACCAUUGUGGCAGUGGUUUUAAUCGUGAUACUGUUGAUUAAAAGCAAUCAUUGUUUAUGUAUGGUUGUUCAGUCUUCCCUUUAACUGUAUGAAUCCACUGGGCUGAAUCUAAAUUACAUGUAUGCAUAAGCAUCAAUAGCAAAAGGUCUAACUUUUACUUGCUUGCCUAUGUAGAUUUUGGAAAAUUGACUGUAAGACUAUUGGGAAAUGUGUAGAUAAAUCUUAUCAGCCAAUAACCAAUGUUUUUGAUUUCUGAUGUGAGGGAAUUAAACUAUGAACGCUAAGCCUUAUUGGUUUCAUACUUCAUAACAAAAACUUCAAAUAGCUUGAUAUAAAUGAUUGUUCAUGUAUGGUUAUAUAUUUUGAUUGAUUAUUGUAUUGAUGCUAUGAUGAGAAAUGUUUUUGAUUGUUAUAUUGACUUAUUUGUUUUGGAUAUAUUGUUUUAGUCUAGGAUCUGUUUUAUUAAUCAAUCAUUUUUAUGGUUAACAUACAAUGCCGUAACAAUAACAACGUGUUUCGUUGUAACAGUUUAGUUAUACUUAGUACUAUAUUCAUUUACCCAGUAAUUGAAAUAUGCUUUUGCUUUGACUUCUUCAAUAAACAUGAUUACCUAUAGAUAACUUAUGCUAGAAAAUUAGUUGUUCCACAACUACCACAUAAUUGAACAUUUUGGAGUUUCCUUUUUGCAAAAAAAUGAUUUAUAAACCUAAUAAAUCGUGAAAAUGUGA